UACAAGCAAAACGCGGAGAAUUGUAACGUCGGAGUAAUGGAAACGCCAUUUCUGCAUGACUUCUCCGGCAACCACCACCAGCUCAUUGGGCCCGACGGUGAUUACCGACCGGUUAAAGGCCUGAAAGAAUGGUGGGCUGUACUCUGGAUCGAGACAGUGAAGCUAUGGGAGAUUGGAGGCCCAAUUGCUUUCAAUGUCCUUUGCCAAUACGGGACCUACUCCAUUACCGUUGCUUUUUGUGGUCAUCUUGGUGCUGUUGAGCUCUCUGCUAUUUCUGUUGCUCAAAACGUUAUUGGUACUUUCUCUUUCGGCUUCAUGUUGGGCAUGGGGAGUGCUCUGGAGACACUGUGUGGACAGGCAUUUGGUGAUGGGCAAAUACAUAUGCUUGGGAUUUACACACAGCGGUCGAUGCUUAUUCUAUUGUUUAGUACAUUCCUUCUGUUGCCAAUUUAUAUUUUUGCAACUCCAUUACUUAAGUUUUUAGGCCAAGAACAUGAAAUGGCUGUUCUUGCUGGGAAAUUUGCCCUGUUGUCAAUCCCCGAGUUGUAUUCACUGGCGGUCACUAUUCCCACUUCAAAGUUUUUGCAAGCCCAAAGUAAAGUUGGUGUGGUGGCUUGGAUUGGUUUUGUGGAUCUUUUACUCCAUGCUCUUCUGCUAUGGCUGUUCAUAUAUGUAUUCAAUUUGGGUACAGAUGGGGCAGCGUUAGCAUUUAAUAUUACAGGUUGGGCGGACGCAAUAGCUCAAUUUGUUUAUGUGGUUGUUUGGUGUAAGGAUGGAUGGACGGGAUGGUCUUUGUCGGCAUUAAAUGAGAUUUGGGCAUUUGUUAGACUCUCAGUUGCUUCAGCUGUCAUGUUAUGUCUUGAAAUGUGGUACAUGAUGAGUAUUAUUAUACUCACUGGACAUCUCAAGGAUGCAGUUAUUGCUGUUGGAUCCCUCUCGAUUUGUAUGAAUGUUGAUGGAUGGGAAGAGAUGUUAUUCAUUGGAAUCAAUGCUGCCAUAAGUGUUCGAGUCUCCAAUGAGCUUGGGCUAGGACAUCCCAGGGCUACCAAAUAUAGUGUAUAUAUCACAGUGUUUCAAUCACUCCUCAUUGGGAUACUCUGCAUGAUAUUUGUACUUGCCGUAAGAAAUCAUCUGGCUAUUUUUUUCACAAACAGCAAGGAUUUGCAACAAGCCGUUGCAGACCUUGCUUGGCUUCUUGGAAUAACCAUGCUUCUUAACAGUGUUCAGCCUGUAAUAUCAGGUGUUGCUAUAGGAGGUGGAUGGCAAGGUUUAGUGGCUUAUAUCAAUUUAGGAUCAUACUAUGUUUUUGGUAUUCCUCUAGGAUAUAUGCUUGGUUAUGUGGCUGACUAUGGAGUUGUGGGACUAUGGGCAGGAAUGAUAGCAGGACUUGCUUUGCAGACACUGUUACUCUCAUUUGUACUCUAUAGAAUUGAUUGGAAUAAAGAGGUUGAGCAAUCGGCAGAGCGCCUACGCAAGUGGGGAGGUCAAGACUUUGAAGCUGAGGAAACUCUUAUUCCAGAGCCUACGAAAGCCUUACCAUAAAAGUGAGAUUUUGCAGUGACAUCAGAGGAUGAAGGGCCUUUAUCUUUGUUUUUGUUAACCAGUUAAUGACAACUAGACCAGGCUAGUAUAUACUCUAACAU